AACAGCCCAGUUGUGAAGUACUGAACUUCCAUCAGCCCAACAAAAUGGAUAAAUUUCUGGUGAUUACAUUAGCUCUGAUUAUAGCUUGUGCAUCAGCAUAUCCGGCCAUCCAACCUGAUGGAGCAGAUGGAGAAGAUAGAAAUGUAAGAGUGAUUAGAUCGCCUGAUCCAGAUCCCCACCACCACCAUCAUCAUCAUCAUCACGGAGAAUACGAUGAUUACGGUGAUGGUUACGAUGGUCACCACCACCAUGACCACUAUGGCGGCCAUGAUCACUAUGGCGGCCAUGGCCACUAUGGCGGCCAUGACCACUAUGGCGGCCAUGGUGGUUAUGGCGGAUAUCAUCAGGGCUACCCUGGACAAUAUGGAGCACAAUAUGGUUAUGGGAACCAGGGCUAUGGAGGAUACAAUGGACAUCCUCAGAAUAAUGGAAACUCUCAGUCUGCUGCCAAUGCAAACUCCGGUUCUUUCAACACUCCGUUCGGCAGUGCGUCGUUCGCCAGCGCUAACGCUAACGCUGGGUAUGGCAAUGGAGGAUACUUCGGAUAAUGUCUUGUCUGAUUGAUGAUCAAAUUUUGAACUCGUCAGCAUUUACCAACUUGAUGGAAUCUAGCAAAAUCGUCCACUUUCACAAUGAAAAUGGGCAAUCGCAGAAUGCUCAAGGAACUUUGGAUCCAAUGUAAAUUACUGUUAAUUUAUUUACUUUAAUAAAAAAAAAUGAAACGGAUAAUUUUUUACAAAUCAAAUAUUGUCCCUCGCUCAUCGAUAAGUGCUUCGAGAACUAUUUUCGAAAUGAGUCCCUUUUUGAUCAUUAAUUAUUUUUAGAUGAAAUUAAAACAUAAAUAAUCAACAAUAGAACUAUGAAAAUUCAGAGGAACUCCCAUGUGACGAUCCAAGCUAUAUCGACUGUCAAGCUUCAUGAACACAAAAUUGGAUAAUUGACAACAAAUGAGUUGUCGGACAUCAGUUAAAUUGUUUGCUAAAUUAUCAAAAAAUCAAUACACAAUAGUUUUAACGAUGGAUUCGAAUAUAUGAAUACUAAUUUGAUUGAGAAAACCCCAGUAGAAUGCAGUAGAACCCCGUUAUAAGAGCGCGCCAGGGGGUGUAGGAGUAGCCGAAUCGGCGAAAGCGCUUAUAUUUCGUUACCCCCACCAUGCGCUCAGUGGCAACCUCAGUUCUCGGAACUCCCAGCGAAAAUAGAGGAAUAAGAAAUAAACACUUUGAGUAUUUUUCAAGUUUUAUAUAUAGAUAUUUUCGCUAAAUAAUUUUUUUAUUAUUUACUGAAUUUUUAACAAUGUUCUUUUUCAUGAACAUGAAUAUAAAUUUGUUCACCAACUUGAAAACAACUUUUUUCGUGCUAUAAAA